CUGCCGCCCGGCAAGAUGUGCCCCGGAAACUGGCUUUGGGCCUCCAUGACUUUCAUGGCCCGCUUCUCCCGGAGUGGCUCCCGGUCUCCAGCCCGCGCACGGGGAGCCCUGGAGGACCUGCCGGCCAUGCAGCACCCCUUCCUCAGUGUCUUUGAGCUGGAGAGGCUGCUCUACACAGGCAAGACGGCCUGCAACCACGCCGAUGAGGUCUGGCCCGGCCUCUACCUCGGGGACCAGGACAUAGCGAACAACCGGCGGGAGCUCCGGCGCCUGGGCAUCACUCACGUCCUUAAUGCAUCACACAGCCGGUGGCGAGGCACACCUGAGGCCUACGAGGCCCUGGGCAUCCGCUACCUGGGCGUUGAGGCCCACGACUCACCAGCCUUCGACAUGAGCAUCCACUUCCAGACAGCAGCCGACUUCAUCCACAGGGCACUGGGCCAGCCGGGAGGGAAGAUCCUGGUGCACUGUGCUGUGGGCGUGAGCCGCUCCGCCACCCUGGUGCUGGCCUACCUCAUGCUGUACCACCAGUUCACUCUGGUGCAGGCCAUCAAGAAGGUCAAGGACCACCGAGGCAUCAUCCCCAACCGUGGCUUCCUGAGGCAGCUUCUAGCCCUGGACCGCAGGCUGCGGCAGGGAUUAGAAGCCUGAGGGGAGGAGAGCAGUCAGGCUGGGUGUGAGGGGCCCCG